AUGGCGACCACCGAUCCAGCCAUUCAAGAUCCACUCCUCUUGCUGCGCCGCGCUAUUGCCUCGGACAGCCUCCCAACACCAACAACUUCACCGGAGCUCUCCAGCGAACAUGCGACAGAGAACCUCGCCGAGGCAACACACCUCUUUUUCUCUCAUCCACUUCCUCAAUCAGUACCUCUAAACACCCCAACACGCUUCAUCUCCGCAACUCUGCAAGCCGCCGUUGAUCUGCGCAGUAUCUUCUUCGCGUGGCAGAAGAAGGACGUUGCUAUUCCGGAGUACAUCGCGUCAGCACAAGAACUCAAUGAAGCUCUGAAGCAGAAGGAGCCCCAGGAAGGGGGAAAGGUUGAAGAGGUUCAGAACCUUGUUUUUGUUGAGCGUUUGGACCUGAUCACCUGGCUCGAGGGUGCCUCAGAUGAAAUCGAAUACAUCAAGCCUCUGGAGGGCGCUGCGGCGGCAGCUGCAGCAGCAGCAGCCGCAGCCGGUGCUGCUCAGGCUGACGCUGCUGCUGGAAUUGCAUCUGGUGCGAAGGGUGGUGUUUCUACUUUGCCGAGCGGUGCUGCUGGUGCGACGACUGUGGCUGGAGCUCAAGGCACCCGUCCACAGAAGCCGAUUGAUCCCCUGCUACAGGAGAUCUACAAUGGGGAGCGAAAGACAGGAGAUCGGAACACUGUUCUGCGAGGCAUUAAACAUACAGACUUCUCUCAUGUCCGCAAAAGCGCUGAGAUCUUCUUCGACCGCAACCGCAAUCGUCCUGGUCAACCUACUAAACCCGGUAGCAAGACUACUUCUAUGAUCCCAGCACCCUCCGCAGGACUAUCUAUGCCAUCCUCACGGAAAUCCAACUCCCGGCCCGACCCCAUUAUCCUCCUCUCACCAUCCGCCUCUUCCCUCAUCCGCAUGUCCAACAUCAAGUCCUUCCUUCAGGACGGUGUCUUUGUCCCACCCGACCACCCAACUCUCAGCACGUCCACCGAAGCCAACUUCAUGGAACUCAGACGACCCCUCCGCCUCAAGUCUGAUCCCUCCAAUCCCAAUGGCACCGCCAGCGGCUCGCACCCUGGUAGCCGUGGCCCCAAGCCAACCAAGUUUAUUCUUGUUGACGGAACGACAAACUUCAAGCCGGAGUACUGGUCUCGUCUCGUGGCUGUUUUUACGACGGGUCAGACAUGGCAGUUCAAGUCUUAUAAGUGGUCUUCACCGCCAGAGUUGUUUAAGCAUGCUACUGGUGUUUACGUUGGUUGGCGUGGUGAGGAACUCCCACCUACUGUUAAGGGUUGGGGACGUGGUGUACAGAACUUUGCGGUUGAGCGGUGGGAUGAGAAGGGCGGUGUCAAUGGUACUGGACGAUGGAGAGAUCGCGAGAUUGUAGAGGGAAUUUGGACGGCUAUUGAAGAGGGCAUGAGACUUCGGGGUUGGGGAUCGAAAUAG